UUUUUUGUGAAAUGUUUCAUUUGGAAUUUUACUCGUUCAAAGUUUGGACGCGUUUUUUAGCAAAAAGUUUAAUAUUUUGAAAACAUUUAACUAAAACAUAUACAAAAACUAAUAAUAAAUAAUUCCAAACACAAUACUGAAAAUAUAGUGUGAUUUUCAAAAAAACGGCAUUAAAAUCUUUAAUAUUUUGUAAUAAAAUUUAAAAACGAGAAAAAUGCCAUCGUGUCGUUCCUGUUUACAAUGGACUAUUAUUAUUUUCAAUACAUCAUGUGUGAUAUUUGGUAUUUUAGGUGUAGUCGAAAGUAUAUUUGAAUUGCAAAAAUACAAUUAUGGCUCACCGGAUUUUACGGAGAAAAUAGUACAAAUCGUUAUUGGAACUGUAUUGGUUAUAUCGGCAUUUAUAGGUUGCUGUGGUGCAGUACAUGGCUCUGUGAAGAUGUUAAUACUUUUUAUUACCAUAUUAUUCGCACUGAUAGCUGCUCAUAUUUGGAAAUUGUGGCGUUACGAUGAACUUAGAGUGCGAACAACAACCGAGGUUAUGGUCAGCUAUACAUGGGUAGAAGAAGUUGUAGAACGUGGGAAAAUGAAUCCAUUACAAGAAACAUACACUUGUUGCGGCAAACAUGGAUAUAUUGAUUAUAUCAAUAAUUUUAUGAAAGUUCCCGACAGUUGUUAUCACUACGAAAAUAAUAAAAAAUCAUACUAUCCCCACGAAGAGGGUUGUAUAUCAGCGGUGUCAAGAGCUUAUUUAAGUAUCUAUCGCAUGGAGACCUGGGCACACAUUUCAUUGAUUGGAUUCGAGAUUUUAGGCAUUAUUUUAUCUAUUGUGUUAAUAUGCAAUUUGACGGCCGAUACAUUACGUUAUAGUUAUUAGUGGUUUAUAAAAUUGACAAAUUUAUUUAUUUAUUUAUUUAUUUAUGUGUGAAUAAUGUAUCUUAAUUUAAUAAUAAAA